AUGACUGCGUACAGAGACCGAGCGCUGCACUGCGCCACAGAGCUGCUGGAGGUUGGGGGGGUGCCUGCCUUCUGCUCCCAGGAGCCCCCCCUCCCCCAGCAGCUGCCCCCGCCCCACCUGUCCGCCUUCCGCCUCCCCAACGGCCAUGCCCCCGCCGAGCCCGCGGCCCUGCCCCGCAUCUCCGUGCCCAAGAUGGGCGUGCGGGCGCGCAUCGCAGAGUGGCCCCCGCGCCGGGAGCAGUCGCGAGAGUCGCUGCUGGAGAACGGGCAGGGCGGGCAGGCCGCGGGGGCGGGGCUGGUGCGCGGGGGCGUGGCCCGCGUGCCCCACCGCCGCGUCUCCAAGGACGCGGAGUUCCGGGACGGGCUGAGGGGCGGCAGCGGGGGCGGGGGCUCGCCCGCCGUGUUCCGGGCCCCGGCACCGCUGCGGCAGCGCUCCAGCAGCGAGGUGACGCUGAGCGAGCAGGACGAGGCGGAGGCCGAGGCGCGCGCGGGGCUCUUCCGCGAGUACGGCAGCACCUCCUCCAUCGACGUGCAGGCCGUCCCCGAGCAGAGCUUCUUCGACAUGCUGAGCCAGUUCCACCAGGAGCGGCCCGACCAGCGCAGCACCGCCCCCGCCCGCCUGGGGGAGCUGCUGCGGGCCGAGGCCGCCCCCGACGCGCCCCCCCAGCCGCCCCCGUCGCACCCGCUCUCCCCCACGCCCCGCGCCGACGACGGCGGCCCUGUGCGGGCAGAGAACAGGGUGCGGAAGAAGAGCGGCGGGAACGAGUCGUCCCUGGGGACGUCGUCUCUCUUCCGCAAGCUGCGCAGCUCCAGCCGGGGGGAGCUGGAGGCGGGGCGGGGGGAGGGCGAGGACGGCCGGCCGCUGGAGGUCAGCAAGCCCUGGCUCUGCCCCAAGAGCUUCGUGCACUACGACGCGCAGAGCAUCCUGUUCGACCUGCAUGAGGCCGCCGCCCAGCGCGCCUCCGUGGCCCAGCGGCGCAACACGGCCACCGGCGCCUCCGCCGCCUCCGCCGUCUCGCUGGCCGUCUCCCGGGCCAUGGCGCUGGGCGGGCUGGAGCCUGGCUUUUCCAGCACCGAGGACCUGCUCGCCAAGGACCCGGCCGCCCCGCCGGGGCCCGACCCGGCCGACGCCGGCCAGCUCCUGCUCAGCUGCCCCCACUUCCGCAACGAGACGGGCGGCCACGGCGAGCGCAACGUCAGCUUCCUGAGCUCCUCGGGCGAGCGGGGUGAGGCGGGCGGCGCGGGCGGGGCGGAGCCCGUGCUAACCCUGCGCUGCAGCAACGCCAGCGUGUCGGUGCUGGAGGUGCCCCCCGAGCAGCAGCUGGCCCGGCUGGAGAGGCUCAGGCACUACAGCAUCGAGCACGUGGACCUGGGGGCGCGCUACUACAGGGACUACUUCCACGACAGAGAGCACUGUAACUACUUUGGGACGGACGAUAAGCUGGGCCCUGUGGCGGUCAGCAUCCGCAGGGAGAAGCUGGAGGACACCAAGGAUCUGAAGGACCAGUACCAGUACCGGCUCAUCGUCAGGACCAGCGAGCUGGUGACGCUGCGCGGGUCCAUCCUGGAGGACGCGGUGCCCUCCACGGCGCGCCACGGCACGGUGCGGGGGCUGCCCCUCAAGGAGGUGCUGGAGUACGUGGUGCCCGAGCUAAGCAUGCCCUGUCUGCGGCUGGCACUCAGCACGCCCAAGGUCACCGAGCAGCUCCUCAAGCUGGACGAGCAGGGGCUGAGUCAGAAACACAAGGUGGGCAUCCUCCUUUGCCGGGCGGGGCAGAGCACGGAGGAGGAGAUGUACAACAACGAGGAGGCCACGCCCGCCUUCCGCGCCUUCCUGGAGCUGCUGGGGGAGCAGGUGUGCCUGCGGGGCUUCAGCAAGUACGCCGCCCAGCUGGACACUAAGACGGACUCCACUGGCACACACUCCCUCUACACCACCUACCAGGGCUAUGAGAUCAUGUUCCACGUGUCCACCAUGUUGCCCUACAUGCCCAACAACCCACAGCAGCUCCUGCGGAAGAGGCACAUCGGGAACGACAUCGUCACCAUCAUCUUCCAGGAGCCGGGCGCCCUGCCCUUCACCCCGCAGAACAUCCGCUCACACUUCCAGCACGUCUUCGUCAUCGUGCGUGUGCACAACCCCUGCUCCGACAGCACCUGCUACAGUGUGGCAGUCACGCGCAUGAAGGACGUCCCCCCCUUCGGCCCGCCCAUCCCCAGCGGCGUGACUUUCCGCGACCCCGCGGUGUUCCGCGACUUCCUGCUGGCCAAGGUGAUCAACGCGGAGAACGCGGCGCACAAGUCGGAGAAGUUCCACACCAUGGCGACGCGCACCCGGCAGGAGUACCUGCGCGACCUGGCGGAGAACUGCGUCAGCGGCACGCCGCUCGACUCGGCCGGCAAGCUCAACAACCUCAUCUCGCUGGCCUCCAAGCGGCGGGAGCGGGCGCGGGCGCGCGAGGGGGCGGAGCUGGGCGCCGGCGGCGCCGUGGCCUGGCGGGUGCGCGCGCAGGACUUCAGCGGGGGCGGGGCGGAGCUGGCCUGCGUGCUGGGCGUGUCCGCCGAGUACGUGCUGCUGCUGGACUGCGCCACCAAGGAGGUGGUCUUCAACUGCUUCUGCGCCGACGUCAUCGGCUGGACGCCCGAGCGCCUCUCCCUCAAGAUCUACUACGGCCGGGGCGACCACAUCGCCGUCAGAGUGCCCGAGGGCGGGGCGCAGGACAUCCGGGAGGUGGUGACGCGGCUGAAGGCGCUGACGGUGGGCUGCGAGACGGUGGACAUGACGCUGCGGCGGAACGGGCUCGGGCAGCUGGGCUUCCACGUGCGGCUGGACGGCACGGUGGCGGAGGUGGAGGAGUACGGCUUCGCCUGGCAGGCGGGCCUGCGGCAGGGCAGCCGGCUGGUGGAGAUCUGCAAGGUGGCGGCCGUCACGCUGUCCCACGAGCAGAUGAUCGACCUGCUGCGCACCUCCGUCACCGUCAAGGUGGUCAUCAUCCCGCCCUACGACGAGGGCGGCCCGCGCAGGGGCUGCACAGAGGAGUACGAAAUGAAGACGGUAGAGCAGAAAGCGGAGCCUGAGCCGGUGGCUGCGGGGUACCGUCCCCCGCUCCGCCCUCCCGCCUGGCGCUGGGACAGCCCUCCCGGGACACACAAUGCCCCCCCACCUCAACGCUGGACCCCCGUGGGGCCCCCCCAGCCCGUGAGCCGCACCCACAAGGCCCUGGUGCCCAUCCCCUACAGGGAGCCCCAGCAUCUGUCCAGCAAGAGGCCAGUCAGCUACCCAGAGAACCACUAUAGCUUGUCUCCAGUUGGGGGCGACAGAGUGCUGCCCUACCGCAACCCCUCUGCCAGCUUCUCCGCCCCCGGCUGUGGGCUUGGGGGUCCUGGACUGGCCGGGCCGUUUGUGCGGUAUAAGCCCUCACCUGACAGGUACGGCACCCCACAGCGCCCUCUCAUGGCCUACGAGCCACACCUCAGCCUGGACGUGACGUCCAGUGGAGAGUCGUCCUCUGGCUUCACCAGCCAGGACAGCACAAUGGAGAGAUGCAAGACAGAACCCCUGUGGCACGUGCCAGCGUCUUCACGGGGGCCUCCUGUGGGCGGGGGAGGGGUGCAGAAGAGACCCAUCCGGCAGGACAUCCCAGGAAAGGACUCCCCCAACAGGCACUCGAAGGGAGAGGCGCAGUACUCCAGCCACUCCAGCAGUAACACCCUCUCCAGCAACGCCUCCAGCAGCCACAGCGACGAGCGCUGGUUCGACGGGGGGGUCGGUGGGGGCGGGGCGGGGGUGUUGGGCGACCCCGCCGACCUGGGCGACCCCGACCCGCUCGGCAAGGGGGGCUCCAGCGACAGCGGCAUCGACGCCGCCACCCUCUACAACCCCAGCCCCAACGCCAAGGGGCCGAAGCCCGGGCGCGGGCACCCCGCCACCCCUCCCAAGCCCCUGCACAGCUCCGCCACCUACAGCGGCCUGCAGGAGCUGGCCGGCCGCAGCGCCGAGGCCCGCCGCAGGGAGUCCUCCCCCGCCAUCCCCGCGCCGGCCAAUCAGAGCAAAGGCUACCGCACCCGCACCUUCCCCCCGCCCAGCGGCCCCGCCGACUCCUUCAAGCCGAGGGCGUGCUACACUCCUCAAGGGUACAAGACCCCGGCGACGGACAAGCCCCGGCCGGUGAGAGCCACCACGGCCACGCCCACCUCGGGCUCCGCCCAGCCCGGCCCCCAGCAGCUGUCCACCUCGGCCCCUAAGUCCCUCUACACCAAGAGCAAGCACAGCGGGGGCCCGCACCGCGAGGACCCCUCCACGGCCAGCAGCUCCGACAGCAGCAGCAGCAAGAAGCAGGUGGACGUGAACUCGAAGAACGUGUUUGGUCAGCCACGCCUGCGUGCCUCUCUGAGGGACCUCCGCUCCCCCCGGCGCACACACAAGAGCACCAUCGAGGACGACCUGAAGAAGCUGAUCAUCAUGGACACGCCUGCAGACACACCGCACAGAGACACUUCCCCCCGCCGAACUCUGCAGCGCACCUUCUCUGACGAGAGCCUGUGCAGCGGCCGACGGGAUGCCAGUUUCGCCAACGGCCCCCUACCCGACAGCCAGACCACCCCCAGCGACCUGCUCUUCACCUGCACCCUGCCCACCCGCCGGCACGCCCACACCACCUCACAGGGCUCCCUCCUGCCCAAUAAGAAGGUUCCCCUGUCUGCUUCGGAGAUCUCCUUGACGGAGGUUCGGGAUAAGGUGCCCCCCCUGCGGCGCCUGGACCCGGGCCUCAUGCCCCUCCCUGACACGGCCUGCGGGCUGGAGUGGUCCAGCCUUGUCAGUGCUGCCAAGGCCUACGAGGUGCAGAGGGCCGUGUCUCUCUUCUCCCUUAGUGAGCCGCAGGUGGGAGGGCAGGAGCUGCGGCCGGUUCUAAGCCCAGUGCAGUUUCACACACCCCAGACCCCCCGCACCACCCCCACCUUCAGCAGUGACGAGAUUCCUAAUGACCUGUCAGGGCGGCUGUAUCACCUGGAGGUGAUGCUGAAACAGCUGAACAAUGAUCUGGAGAAGGAGAAGCAGGACAAGGUGGCCCUGCUGGCAGAGAUGGCCAGCCUGCGUGAGAAUAACCAGCGCCUGCAGGAGGAGUCUCUCUCCGCCAGCGAGCAGCUCCGCAAGUUCAGCCAGAUGCUGACUGGGGCCCCCGGAGAGAGGAAGUGACCACAGGGCAUCCAGUGGGCACGAGCCAGGUGGUGCUGUCCUCCCCCGGGACGGAGAGACU